AUGGGGAACACCCAGCAAGGCAUCGUCGGUGGUGUCUCGACCAUACAACAGCACAUACAGGGUGCGAACAUGUACGCACCUACAGCCACUCGUUUCACUCCAAUGGACUUCGAGCUCUACCUCAACCGCAAUCUUGAUCCAACGCCGGAGAUGCGUCGCUCGCAGGAGUAUUACUACUGGUAUCACAGCAAGGUCCCACGCGACCCCCGUGCGCCGCCGCCGCUGCCGUCGAUCGAGACACAAGAAGGAUUUGAGGUGCUAGAAACUGACUGGGAUAGUGCGCCGCCUCCGAACCAAAUGCGAGUCGUCCCCAACCCAGGGCUCACCACCAGCGCGGGAGUUUCACACCUCCCAACGGUAGCCAGCCCCCCUCAGGCCGCACAGCAGACCCCCAGCGGCACCGGCAACUUUAAAAUGGGUGUUCGGCUCGAGUUAAAUGAGCAAACCCUUAAGGAGACACACGACGAUAAGUCCGUGAUGAACCCCUACGCGCUGACGCUGAUCAAUGACGAGAAUAAUAUGAUCAGCCCGAGCACGCAAUUCUUCGCGGCCUACGCACCGACCCCGCUGGCGAUGGCCCCGCCCAGCACCCUACGCGCGUACGCCCACGGGAAGCUGCCGUUGCCGAACACGACCGCCCCGCGCUCCCAGCCCCCGCCCCCCCAUCAGGCCCAGCCCCAGCCCCGGCCCUCCUCCGCGCAGGACCGCUCGCAGAACAGCAACAACGGGGUGGUGAGCUCCUACGAGGACGCCAACACGGCCGCGUCCGGAACAGGGCCGAACCCCACCCCCAACUCCCGUCCCGCCCCACGCAGCAUCGCCGUGCAGCAGUACUACACCCAAGAGCCGAUGAACGCGUACGGGGGCUACGGCUUGCAACAGAUGCCACAGCACCCCGCCGGGGGCGUCUUCUACGACGCCGCCGCGGCCAACCCGUACCUUUACGGUUUGGAGCGGGGGAUGGACUCGUUUUUUAACGGGAUGGGCAUGCACGGCGGGAACAAGGGGAUGAUGGUGAUGAUGCCCGGCGGUGGCGCAGGGAGUGGUGUCUCUGCGAACGCGGAGGGCGUCACCCACCGCAACGUAGAGGGAAGCCACCACAACCUCGGAGGGAACCGGCGUGGCGGCGGCAAUGGUGGCGCACGGGGGGGAAUGCGCAACAACAACAACCGAGCCCAUGGUGAAAACGCCAACACACAAUCAGGCGGCGGGGGCGGAGGGGGCGGCGGGCAGAGGUACCAGAACUGCUCGGACCUCCUACGACGCUUUCGAGCCGAUACGAGCAUGAAGAACUUCGGGCAGUGGCGACUAAAUGAUAUCCAAGGCCACGCCGUGGAGUUCGCGAAGGAUCAGGAGGGCAGCCGUUUUAUUCAGGGCGCUGUAGAUUCCUCAGCGCCAGCCGAGCUUGAUGUUCUCUUCCAUGAAAUCUUCGAAAACCCUCAGGAGUUGGUGACGGACAUCUUUGGCAAUUACGUCCUACAAAAAAUGCUAGAGAAGGGCAACCCGCAACAACUGAUCUUCGCCGCCAACCGUCUUAGCGGUCAUGUUGUGAAGCUAACGCUGCAGACCUACGGCUGCCGUGUGAUCCAAAAAUGCAUCGAGGUAAUGCCCGACGAAGGCCUUCGAGUCAUUCUUUCCGAGCUCGAGGGAAACGUCGCGAAGUGCAUUCAAGAUCAGAACGGCAACCACGUCGUGCAGAAGUGUGUGGAGGUGAUCCCGCAGCGCUGCGGCUUCAUCAUCUCCGCUUUUGCUGGUCGUGUGAUGGAACUGGCUACGCACGCCUACGGCUGCCGCGUUAUCCAGUGCAUAAUGGAGCACUGCCCAGAUCAGGAGGAUAUCAUCUUCAAUGAGCUCUUGAGUGGUGUGGAGACGCUAGCGCAGGAUCAGUACGGAAACUACGUUAUCCAGCAUCUCCUACAACACGCUGAGGACGAAUCAAAGGUGGAACGUAUCUACAAUGCCCUCAAGCCAAAGUUCUUUGUCUUGAGUAGGCAGAAGUUCGCCUCGAAUGUCAUGGAGAAGCUCUAUGCGCGGUCUAAACCGGGGCUCCGAAUGGAAUUGGUGGAUUUGAUGUGUUCUGAUGAUCCUGCCAUUGUCGGUGCGAACGCACCAAUGGUAGAAAUCGUGAAGUUUACGCGUUCUGACACUGUUACUGUGGCAUCUGCAAACGCCUUUGAAAACAACGCAAACGGCAAUAACUGGAAUGUUGCGAAUAAAACUCACAACCCACGGGAAUCACAGAAGGAGAAGAACCGUGAGCAGAAGGAUGCGGCUAUGGGCGUCAUCGAGGAAUUGCAGACAUCCGGUUUCAGUCAGCCGAGUGUACUUUGCUUGAUGAUGAACGACCAGUAUGCUAACUAUGUCGUCCAGCGUGUUUUGGAUGCAUCUGACGUUGAUCAAUUCGCGAAGUUGGUGGACAACAUCGAGCGGUAUAUUCUACCUAUUCGCACGUACAACUAUGGUCGACCUAUUGUUCAGCGUCUCGCACGGCGAAACCUCGUGAAGGCCCCUGGUGAUGAAGCUGAAACUAGCUAA